UCUGUCAUGUCGGAGGUUUGUUUACAUCUUUCUUUUUUCUUUUAAAUCUGCAUGAAGCCUCUCUCCAGUCAUUGUGGCCUCUUUGUGAUCUAUCAGCUGAUCGGUGCAUAAUGACCACAGAGCCUGCCAGCUUGGAGAACCUGCGUGUGCUGUACCAGGAUGAUGACUACAUCGUGGUGGACAAACACUGGGAUAUCCGCAUCGACAGCAAGAUGUGGUACGAAAAGCUUACUGUACAGGCUCAACUCCGCCAUCGGUUCCCGCAGCUAGUAGACACAAGCACCUACUAUGGAUUUAGAUUUUGUCAUCAGCUGGAUUUCUCCACCAGUGGGGCUCUUUGUGUCGCCCUCAAUAAAGCUGCUGCUGGUCAAGCUUACCGCUGCUUUAAGGACCGUACUGUUACCAAAGCCUACCUUGCUUUGUUGCGCGGGCAUGUUGAGAAACAGACCCAAACUCUGGACUUUUCCAUUGGCAAGAACUCUACAGAGGGAAAAACUCAUAUGAUGUGCAUUGAGGGAACAGAAGGCUGUGAGAAUUCCAAGCCUUGCCAAACAGAGCUGAUGGCUUUGGAGUAUGGCUUAUAUGAUGGAGAGCCUGUCACUAAAGUGCUGCUGCUGCCACUUACAGGUCGAACCCAUCAGUUACGAGUCCACUGCAGUGCCAUAAACCACCCUAUUGUUGGAGAUUUCACCUACAGCUCAGGAGCAGACGAUGGCCCCUACCGCAUGAUGCUGCAUGCCCACCUUCUCUACAUUCCCCUGGAGCCACAGCCCCUCCUUGUUACCUCAGAGGACCCCUUUGUGCCGUCGUUAGACCCCAAGUGGCUCCCCCAGCACUCGUUACGGACACUGACUCCCACUGUUGAGGCCCUGCUGGAAAGCCGAGCGGAAAAAGACAGAAAGAUGAAAGAGGAAGAGCAAGAGAAAGUAAAGAGAGAGGAGAACAGGAAGAAAUGUAGCAAACAGCCAGAAAGUGAAGAGCUGAGCAGGCAGUGCCAGGAGUGGCUGAGUGAAUGGGCUGGAGACUGACGGCUUCUUUACAGUCAAUUCUCAUUUUAAUGUUUGGUCUCUCUACUGCUGAGCAUGCACACGCUGCACGGAUAUCUGCAUUACAUCCAAAGCCAUGCAAGAAAGAAGAUGAAAACAUCAAUUCCCUCACACAAGAGCAUGGUGAUAUUUAAUAAGUUCUAAAUGCACUAUAAGCAUCAUUCACCCAUAGCAAUUCUUAUUUAUAGCUUAUGAGCACUGCAGCCUACAACAACUGUGAAUUAAGUGCCUUUAUCAUGGUGUUGGUAUUUUUAAUUGAGUUGUCACGAGAUUUCAUUUUUGAAAAAACAGCAAUUAAGUCAUCUCAAAACAAUUUCUCUCACUCUCAAAUAAAUUUGGAUCAGUGAACCAAAAUGGUCAUAUAUUUGCAUCUAAUUUAAGCAACUGUGGUUGAGUGUUAUCCAAGAAAAUGUUGGUAACCCCAUGUUCUGUGGCCUAGACUGCAUGGUACUAACAUCUGUAUAUAAAACCCUGAAGUCAAAGCAGGUAUUUUGCUAUUUAUUAUACUGCAUCUAUUAAAAAGUAUUCAUCUUA